AACGAUAAGUUAAAAAAUGGAAAAAAGAAAAAAUAAGCGAAACCGAAAAAAAGGAACAACAAUAGUGAAAAAAUGGUCGGAGUACACCGCCAUGGCCCAGGCGGAAAAUAAUUAUAACAAUUAUGAUCCGAAACAAACAACAACGGCAUGUCCAUCGGCCAGCAGCUAUCAAGAUGCUACGACCCAAGAAUCACCUAAAAACUCUCGUAGUACGUCCCGGACCCAUUGGCUGCAGCCCCUUUCAAAUUUGGACGACAGUUGCAUGGAAGGUAGGUCAAUUGAAACCGUCGUACCUGGUCCGUAUCAAAGUGAUGGUGGUGCCGCAUCUGAGGACCGCAAGCUGGCUACCCAACUGCGCAGAUGUCCUGCUCUGAUAGUGGCAACAAAUCGGAGCUGAUUAGGCAUUAUUUAUAUUCCGAAAUAAAAUGCAUUUUCAUUAUA